AUGUACCAUCAAAUUGCCAACCCUGGUACAAGUGAUUCCUCGAGCAAUGAAUCUGAGUCUGAUGAUGACAAUGCCAUGGAGGAGUUGGAAGUAAAGAGGAAGCACCCAUACCGAUUACAUCAAGAACUGUGGUACAAUGAUCCUGGAGAAAUGAAUGACGGCCCUUUGUGCCGAUGCAGUGCCAAGGCUCAGCGGUCAGGCAUUCGGCAUGGAAUUUAUCCUGGGGAGGAGCCACUCACUUCCUGCGACCCUAACACUAAUAACAUUGGGCGUCUGCACCAUUAUCGUAUCGUAGUCACUCCACGUACAAAUUUUGCUAUGAAAUGCCCUACCACCAUCAAGCACGAUGGACAUGAAUUUGCAUUUGAAGGCUUCUCUCUGCUUUCGCAUUGGCCACUUCCAAAGCUUCCUACAUGCCGAGUGAUCAGAUUCAACAUUGAGUAUGCAGUACUCUACUUGGAAGAGCAAAUGCCUGAGAACUUUACUGUAGAGGGCCUCGAGCUCUUUACGCGUUACUUGUUCUUCGAAGUGCUCGAGAUGCUUGACCUUGACUGGAGGGCUCAUGGAGACAAGGAUGGGUGCCCUAGGUUCCACUUCAUGCCUCGUUUUGCACGAAAAUUGGAAGACAAUGGAAAGGAGUUGCUGUCACUGAACGUUGUGCUGAACUACCUUCUGAGCAAGAAUGUGCCGCUGGUGUCAGCUGCAGAGCUGCCCCACCUCUUCGAGACAUCCCAAAGCAAGUGGCAGGCAUAUGCUGACCAGGUGAAGGGCAUGAUUGUAGUGAAUCCUGGAAUGAAGCCAUGUGCACUUCGUGUGGACCAACUGGACCGGGAGCUGUGCAAUGAAGAAGGCACUGUGUUCCCUGAGAUUGUACACUUUGGCAUCCGACCACCACAACUCAGUUAUGCUGGAAAUCCCAUGUACCAAAAAGCAUGGCGAGACUAUGUAAAGUUUCGCCAUCUGCUUGCCAACAAGCCCAAAGUGCUUUACACUGACCGACACAAGCUACUCCAGAAGGAAGUCAAGCUUCAGGAGAUGAGACUCAAAAGCAACUUGAAGAGGGACGUCACUGUGGUAGUAAGCAGUAAGGGCUUCUACCGCACAGGCAUCAUGUGUGAUGUUGUACAG